AUGAUAUCGAACAUGAAAAAAAUUAAUCCAGAUGCACAAAUAAAAUAAAAAACUAAAAAACAUUCCACAAUCAAGCAAGAAAAUUUUCCAAACAUUUAGAUUGGAAAGUUUAGCAAAGUUCAGCUUGACAAACUGUUUUAAUCAAUUACUUCGAAGGAUUUGAUUGAACUAACUCCACCUAUAUUCUAAACUAUUUAAAGUGCCUAAGAGACUACAUAUAACGAGUUUAGGGACUAUAUGUAAUAGGUAAAUAGCUUAAAUAGAGGAGGAAGUCUGAGUAAUUAUAAUUAAUACUCAAAUAACAUCAAAUAGGAUUCACACCUGAGUGUUCGGAAUUCCUAGGUUUCUCAAAUGAGAGAAAUUGAUAAAUAUGAAAUGAAAUCAAUUAAGUAGUCCCUCGACAACUAUCUAUUAAAAUCAUAGAGAUCAAACUUAAAUUCAAGGAAAAAAUCUUAAGAAAAUAUUUUGGAAGAUUUAAAUUUAGAGAAUGCUGAACCAAAAAAAUAAGUAGGACAAGUAUACUAUGAAAAUAAGACACCUUAGCCAAAUAAAUUAAACUAAAAUGAUGAAAGUCUCUUAAAACUUGAGAUUGAUUCUUUAAUAGACUCAUUAUCUAGUGUUUCGAUGUUUAGCCUCAAUGAAAGCAUCGAUAAUUAGUAUUUGCCUAGCUAAAAUGUAUUAAAGAAUAUGAAAACAUAAGAAAAUCCAACAAGGUAGAUGAAUGUUUGUGAAAUGCCUUAAACUCAGUAAAAGCGCAUUUCACUUGGCCCGCAAAUGAUUAGAAGAAAACUAGAUGGAAAUCAUGAAGUCAAGAAACAGUUUCUAAAUUACGUUUAAAGCACGAUAUUUGAAGAUGAAAUGAAAAACUCAUAGAUUAUUAUAAAAACUAAUAACAUGAUUACGGAAGAAAUGUUUUCUUAAUAAAGAAUAUCUUCAUUAGAAAAUCAGGCUUUUGGACCUAAACUCUAAAAAUCAAGUACAUAACUUAGAGAUUUUGACAUUUCAUUACAAUCAUUGUGA